GUGAUUUACCGAAUUUUGCAAUAAACUUAAAUUCUCUGAAUAUACCGGAAAAUAAACCUCUAGCAGAUUGCGAAUUUUAUAAACCAGGUCCAGUAGACAUUCUGUUAGGUGGCGACGUUUUUUGGGAAUUAUUACAACCGGGUGAAAUUCAUUGUGGCAAACAAAAACCUACCACCUUAAAAAACACAGUUUUCGGUUGGAUCAUAGCAGGGCCAGUGGGUAACAUUCAACAGCAACGGUCUUUGUGCAAUCUGUCCUUAAACAAUCAAGAGUUACACACGGUUAUAGCAAAAUUAUGGGAAUUAGAGGAAUGCUCAGUUUUAAAACCAUUAUCAGCUGAAGAAAUUCAGUUCGAACAAAUAUUUCUAAACACAACUGCUAUAACACCAGAAGGUCGUUUUUGCGUACAAAUGCCUUUGAAAAGGGAACCGGAGUAUUUAGCCGAUGAAUAUGCUGAGUCAAAGCCAGAAAUAUCGAGAAUAAUCAAGCAAGACUUUUAUGUCGAUGACCUACUAACUGGUGCCGAUACUAUCGAGCAAGCUAAGAACAUUUGUUAUGAAGUUUCAUCUAUAUUAAAAACAGGAGGUUUCGAACUUAGAAAAUAUUAUUCGAAUAGUUCAGACGUUACAAAAGACAUGAAAACCGAUCAGGAUUGCGGAGUUUUAGAAUUAGGUCCUAACGAGAAGGCAAAAACUUUAGGUCUAAUGUGGGCAUGUCACACUGACUGUCUGACAUAUAAUAUAGAAAACGAUUUAGUUAUUCAAUCCCAAAGAGCAACAAAACGUGUAGUCUUAUCUAUAAUUUCAAAAAUUUUCGACCCGCUUGGUCUUCUUAGUCCAUGCACAAUUGUCGCAAAAAUUAUAAUGCAACGUCUUUGGUUAGCUCAAAUAUCUUGGGACGAUCCGUUACCAGAUUCACUUGUCAAUGCGUGGACAAGAUUCCAGGGUGAACUGCCCCUAUUAAACAAAUUAAAUUUAAAGCGUCAAGCGCUUGUUAAAAAUGUCAAAGAUAUCGAGUUGCAUGGUUUCGCAGAUGCCUCAUCACAGGCUUACGGAGCUUGCGUCUUUCUCAGAAGUAAAAACGCUGAAGGCGGGGUACAAGUAAUUUUGCUGUGCGCUAAGUCCAAAGUGGCAUCUAUAAAGAAAAUAACUAUACCCAAGUUAGAAUUAUGCGCUGCUCUCUUACUAGCCCGCAUAGUUGAAAAGGUUAUCGCUUCCAUGAAUCUCAAGUAUCAGAAAGUAGUAUUGUGGCCAGAUUCCAUAAUUGUUUUAGCAUGGCUCAAAACUAGUCCAAACGUUUUAAAGGUAUUUGUGGCAAAUCGCAUAUCAGAAAUUCAAACCCUAACCAAAGAAUACGAAUGGCGACAUAUUUCAACAUAUGACAAUCCGGCAGACAUCGUGUCGAGAGGUCUUCAUCCAUCGGAAAUUCUAAAUUGCGGUCUGUGGUGUAAAGGACCCGAUUGGUUGAAAUUAGAGAAUUGGCCCACUCAAAACAAUAUUGAAAUUUCCAUUUUACCCGAAUUAAAGACACAAUCACUCGCAAGUGCUAAAAGAGAACUUUCCAAAUUUGUUAAUACAAAUUCUGAUCAGAUCACUAGCGACUGCACCAAGGAAGGCAUUCACUGGCAAUUCAUUCCUCCCUAUUCUUCCCAUUUUGGCUGUUUGCUGGUGUGA